AUGGCCGCUGAAUUGCGUGCAGAGAAGAAUCGGAACGCGUCUAGGCGACAUAUAGCGUGCGUCACAUUGCCGGAUAAGCGGACCGUGACUACAAACGCGGGCAUAUGCGAGGUCUUUCGGGAUUACUUUCAGGAUCUUUUCACCAGGGAGCCCGGUCUGAGCUCUGCCCAUUUUGACGCCUAUUUAGCUGACUUUCCCUGCCUCGGUGCAGCUGAAGCGGCUAGGUUAAAGGCGAAUCCGGUGCUGCGCGGAAUUGCCCUGCCUGGGGCUACCACCUCAGCCAGGUAUUCUGCCUAUGCUGACGACAUUUCGGUUCUUGUGUCGAGCAGAGCCGAGAUUGACGAAGUCAGCAAAGAGUAUGAGAUGGUGACAGGGGCCAAGAUAAGUCUGUUGGCUUGCGGUUGGGUGCGUGGAAGGGAGUUUCUCUUCCCGGACCUUUCCUCUGGACGGAUGGGCCGAUCAAGUUACUCGGCGUCUGGUUUGGUCCUGAUCUCCAGUUGGGAAUGA